AUGAGCUCUACCCAGCAACGAAUGCCACAGAAUAGCCUUAGGGGCUCAGUCAUUUAUUUCUUCAUAACCAUGGUUUUACUUUACAUUCUAUACUCAAAUCUCCUGUUGAGUAAUGACCGCAAAGAUUGUCCGGAUAUAACCAAUCUCUCUACAAAAAUUGAAGCACCCAUUAACCAUUCCUCCAGCAGCUCUUCACAAGGUAAAAAAUUAGGAGAGCAAAGGCAAGUAAAGCUCGUUGAAGCAGCCCCAGGGAAUUACCAUCGAUAUGACACUGAACUGAAACACAUUGCUUUUGGGAUAGCAGCUGCUUCGAAUUUGUGGGAGAUCAGAAAAGAGUACAUAAAAGCAUGGUGGAGGCCAAAAGAGACUAGAGGGGUAGUUUGGGUGGAUAAGAAAGUCAGGACCAGGAUGAAUGAAGAGCUGCCUGAGAUUCGGGUUUCUCAGGACACUUCAAAGUUCAAGUACAUAAAUAAGCAAGGGUCUAGAUCGGCAUUGAGGAUUUCAAGGGUGGUUUCGGAAACACUUAAGCUUGGAAUGAAGGAUGUUAGGUGGUUUGUAAUGGGGGAUGAUGAUACAGUUUUUAUUGUUGAAAAUGUGGUAAGGGUGCUAUCUAAAUAUGAUCAUACACAGUUUUAUUAUGUUGGGAGUGCAUCAGAGAGUCAUAUUCAGAAUAUAUUCUUUUCAUAUGCUAUGGCAUUUGGAGGGGCUGGGUUUGCAAUAAGCUAUCCAUUGGCAAAAGAAUUGGCAAAGAUGCAGGACAAUUGCAUCCAGCGAUAUCCAGCAUUAUAUGGCAGUGAUGACAGGAUUCAGGCUUGCAUGGCUGAGCUAGGAGUGCCCCUCACCAGGGAACUUGGCUUCCAUCAGUAUGAUGUGUAUGGAGAACUAUUAGGCCUCCUGGGAGCCCAUCCAGUGACUCCAUUGGUAUCACUUCACCACAUAGAUGUAGUGGAACCUAUAUUCCCUCACAUGAAACGAGCCAAAGCCCUUGCACACCUGCUUGGAGCUGCCAAAGAGGACUCAGCAAGUUUGAUGCAACAAUCCAUCUGCUAUGAUUCAACACGAUACUGGUCAAUCAUAGUCUCUUGGGGAUAUGUUGUUCAAAUAUUGAGGGGAGUGAUGUCUCCCAGAGAGCUUGAGAUGCCGACUAGAACCUUUCUUAAUUGGUACAAGAGAGCUGAUUACACUGCUUAUGCAUUCAACACGAGGCCUGUUGAAAGGCACCCUUGCCAAAAGCCCUUCGUUUUCUAUAUGAACAAGGUGAAGUAUGAUCGUGCUAGGAAGCAAACAAUUGGCGUGUACUAUCGUCAUAAAACACGCAGUCGCUAUUGCCGUUGGAGAAUGGCCUCACCCGAGAAACUCGAUUCUGUUGUAGUCCUGAAGAAGCGGGAUGAUCUUCGAUGGCAGAAGUCACCAAGGAGGGAUUGUUGCAGAGUUCUUCGGACGGAUAAAAAUAAUACAAUGGUUUUAUCUGUCGGAAAUUGCAGAGACGGCGAGUUUAGUGAAUUACAGCUGAAAAAGGCAUCAUCAUAGGUCAUUUUUUAAUGAUUUUUAUCUCCUUUUUUACCAUGGUCCAAGGCAUACAGCAUGCAGCAUACAGGGCACUUCAGACUCUACCUACAAUACUGAGAGAAAAAGAAGCAAUGAUUCUUCAAUUACUCUUACUCCAGGCUAUAUGUACUUCAGUUCCACUCCCUGUGAUAUUCUGUGCGACUGAGGCAAUUGGUGAUGUAGCAGAUGCCAGGAAUGGAUGGCUACAUCAAUCUGAGAAUUAGUAAGAGGCAAUUGCAUAUCAACAGGAUGUGUGGCCACAAUUCUGCUAUCUUAUUCUCCACAUUCACUGCUUUUAAACCAAAAAGGAGGUGCAGAGUUUAAAAAUUAAAAAAAAAAAAAAAAAACCCUGAAUAAGAACUCUGAAAGAUAAUAAAUAUUGGAAUUUAAUGUUUGAGAUACUACUGUAAUUGCCUUUUUUUUUUUUUUUUAUCACAGCUUUCUUGAGAGUCAAACAAGGAGGCAUAACUUCAUAAGCUAUUAGACUAUUAUGAGAAUCAAAUAAAAAAUACUCUUGCUUUCAAGGAAUUCCAUGAAAAUUUAAUGUAGGAAAGAACGAGGAAAAAACAAAAGAAACCCACAUGCAAAAAGAACUAACCAAAAAGAAUUAUCAUUUGAAGCGAUUUAAUUAUUUUCUUUCCUUUCUAAACCAUUUUCUUGAGAUCCAAAC